AUGACCGAAAUUGAAAUAAAAGAAAGAAAAAAGAAGCUUUGUACAAUUGAUUCUACAUUUGUUGACAAAAUUUGUCGACAUAGAUAUCAUGAAUCAAUUAAACGCUACGAUAAACAAUUGAGAUCGGAAAUUGGGGUGCUGGAAAAUAUUCAGAAAACUGCUUUUGAACAAGUUAGAUUACAUCGUCUUUUUGCUGUAACCACUCUGUGGCCACCAUUGCAUACUCGAAAAGAAAUUGAAUACACAAUUAAUUCCCUACACAAAGUUAAUAGUUUCAUUGCUCAUAAGGUUGAUAUGAUUUUGAACAAUGAUUAG